AAAAAUUGAUUUGAACCGUUCCAUCUUACGACAGGAGGUCGGGUCAGUUCCGCAAACUCCGAGGCUGCCAUUCGGAGCUGUAAGCGUGCAGAACUACACGGCCGUAACAACGUUUCCACUGGAUUAGACACUAGUGCUGGGGUAUAUAUACUGGGGCAACGACUAUCCGAGCAAGCAAAGAACACUGCAGGGAAAGAAGGCCGAAACAAUACAAAACGCGUUCUGAGAAUUUCGUAAAUUUCCUCCGAGUCAGAGCCGUAAACACAAGUUCCACGGGACUUGACAGUGCUGACGACUUGGGACCACCACCUUUCGAGCAAACGAAGAGUACAGAGAAGGGCGACCGGAAGAAAUAAAAUACAAAGCGAAUUUCGUACCAUUUUCCAGUUGGACACUACCGACAGUAUGUUUAACAUGAUGUGGCACGGUGAUAUUCUGUGGCAUAGUGAAACAGCUGUGUUCUCGAGAGUUGGACUCGCUAACGUUACUGUAGCGAUGCAAACAUUCUGUUCUAACAACGCUCAACAAUCGCCUUGUCGUUCUUGUAGAGGAACACUAGUAGCGUGCCGUUGCGGAAGGGGAUGUUCGUAAAUAUUUAUUUAUUCCAAACUAAAGCGUAUUUACCACACUCAAAGCCUGUGGUUAUUACGGAAAGACAGAACAUUAAUAUUUUGUCAUCUGGCACAGAAACGCUUCCACAACGUUGGGUCUAAGCUAACGAAGUAUUCAGCUCCAUAAAAGAACUCUCUGAAAAGCUGAUCAACAAGUGAAUGUUGUUUGAAUGUUCGGCUGGAAAUACGGACUACUUUUCCAAGUGUUCCCCCUUGUAUAAGUCAUAUGCUUGUCUCUGUGAGUAAAAUUUCGUGCGAUAUACCUAGCGUACUGUAGUGUAAGGAAGAAGAAGAAGAGGAUAUUCUACUUUCAAGAUGUUUGCGGCGAGUUGUACCCGCGCGCUGCGGUGCCGAGGCAAGCUGAGACAGACCUCCGCCAUGUGUGUCCUCGCCGCUGUCUCAUGGGCCGCCUUCUACGUCUUCUUGACUAGGAAGAUAUUUGUGGAAGACAAGGAUGUGAACAGAGCAGCGUCUUCGGGCCUACCUGUGCUGACCCUAGGCCGCCUAGCUGAAGACAGAAACCACCAGGAGACAAUACCUGGGAGUCGCAGGUGUGAAGAGCAGACCAAGAUAGUCUUCAUCAGCGUACACAUGGCCAAGGGCGACGUAGUAACCAAUAUACUACAGCGAUUUGGAGACCUGAGGAACCUGACGUUUGUGUUACCGAAAGAGGAGGGUGAUGAGAACACGGGCUGGCCACAGUGUUUCCAGACUAACCACAUGCUGCCUUCACGGACUGGCAGUUAUGACAUCCUGUGUAACCACGCGGUGUACAACCCCCGCAUCAUGAACCUCGUCAUGCCCAAGGCGCCGUACGUGACCAUCCUGCGGCGCCCGGAGUCGCAGUUCCCGGCCCUGUUCCACCGGUACCACCUGGCGCAGCGCAUGGGCAUCCUGGCCUCCGACCCGCUCAAGGAGUUCCUGCUACAGCCGGGGGAGUACAUUCAUCGCUUCAGCUCCCUGGCGUCUGAGCGUGCCCUGUUGCAGAACCCGCAGGCUUACGACCUCGGCCUUGACCCCGAGAACUUUGAAGACGAAGACGCCAUGCAGGACCUCAUCCGAGACAUGGAGACCAACUUCCACCUGGUCAUGAUUGCUGAGUACAUGGACGAGUCGCUGGUACUGCUGAAGAGACAGAUGUGCUGGACUCUGGACGACAUCGUCUACUUUGAACCCGGCUUCCAGGUUAAAACUGACGUCCCCGACCAUCCUACAACUGAUAUUCUCCACGCGCAGCUGCGAAAGUGGAACAACGUUGACGUCAUCCUGUACCAGCACUUCAGCAAGGUCCUGUGGAAGAGGAUCCACGAGCUGGGGCCCGUGUUUCAGGAGGAGGUGGCGGAGUUCCGCAGGAAGAACGCAGCGGUCCGCGGCUACUGUCUCCGGGAGAGGGACGGCAGGCGCAGGCGGCAUCGUGACGAUGGUGAACCCGCCGGUGACGGUCGCGCGCCGCUGGUGGACAGCCAGCUGUGUGAAAAGAUCGACACUCCCGUGUCCGAGUACAGUAACCUGCUCAGGAGUAGACCGGACCACUACCUGAGGAAUGAACUGUAGAAGGGCAGACAUGUAUCCACGAUUGUUUAUACCGUAGAACCAAUAGUGUAAAUGACAUGCUAGACCCUUUAUGUUGAUGUAUCCAUACCUAUAGAUAUCCAUAUAUAUGUGUUUAGUUGUACUGUAAGUAGUUGUUAUACAUGUAGACCUUACGAAAGUCGCUGUACUCUUGUCGUUGUCAAUAAAGAUUGUGUCAUGUUUUAGGACUACAGCAAAAGGGGAAAUGUUUGCAAUGGUUUUAUGUUCAAAGUUUUUGCGGUAACCUCUUCAUUGCAAACUUAAAAUUAUGACGAAAUAUUUCUACUAUGAAAAUAUUUUUGUUCUGUCUUCUGCCUCUUGUUGCACCAAAAAGGCUAUUUUCUAUUUUUUUUUUUCGAAAUUAAAUCCCUGCAAACAUCUCCUCUUUUACAAUUGUAGUUUUAAUAGUUAUCAGCAUUCAGAUCUGGGAACUAAGAAAAUGUAGCAAUUUUGCCUCGCAAUAACUACUGGGAGAUAUAGUAGUUUAGUCCUGCUUCAAAGUUCAUGACAGGGAGGACAUAGAAGGUUGACAGUUGACGAUUGUCAUCUAAUUCUAGUGGGAAGGGGGCCUUCAGCAUAAGGCAAAAGGUUCAACAAGACAACAUUUCAACAGGCGCCUUAAUACAUGGCAGAAAUGUCCAAGUGUCAAAAACUACAACUGACAAUAUAGAUGGUGUAGAACUUGUGCCUUUAUGUUCAUCUGAAUCUCUGGGGCCAAGUCAAUGUAAGAUUCCAGCAAUUCACAUGACAAGAUUCGCUUGUUAUGCUGUAUAGUAGUGUAGUGUAUCCAGUAUUUGAAUGUCAGCUAGUCUUCA